UCCUCAUCGCGCCGCGCCGCGGGCCAUGGCCGCACUGUGGAGGGGCUGCGGGCGGCUGCUGGCGCGGCGGCCGGGGGCAGCGCAGGCGCUCACCGCCGGGGCCCUCAUGGGAGCUGGUGACGUGAUCGCACAGCAGUUGGUGGAGCAGCGAGGGCUGCAGGGGCACCAUGGCCCCCGGACCCUGAAGAUGAUGGCGAUCGGCUUCUGCUUUGUGGGCCCUGUUGUGGGUGGCUGGUACAAGAUCCUCGAUCAGCUCAUCCCAGGGACAACAAAAGUCGUGGCUGUGAAGAAGAUGGUCCUGGACCAGGGGGGCUUUGCACCAUGUUUCCUUGGCUGCUUCCUUGCCAUCACGGGAGCAAUGAAUGGUCUGUCAGUGGAGGAGAACUGGUCCAAGAUCCAGCAGGACUACACAGAUGCCCUGAUGACCAACUACUGUAUCUGGCCACCGGUGCAAAUCGCGAACUUCUACUUCGUGCCCCUGAAGCACAGGCUUGCUGUUGUCCAGUGCGUUGCUAUCAUCUGGAACUGCUACCUGUCCUGGAAAGCAAAUCGGAUGUGAAGUGGAAGCCAUGUCCUCUCCCUGCCUGCAUGCUGCCUGGCUCUGCCGCACCUCCAGAGCCCUUGGAGCAGGCCCAUGUCUGUGGAUGGGGCUGGGAUACGCAGGAUGCUGGCAGCAGCUGUCCAGCUCUCUCCUUGGGAACCUCAUCACCUGCAGCUACAGCCCUUGCAGGGACACCCCAAGAUGGGUCAGUGCCUGAUCUGGAUCCAGCAGCUCUGCCCUUCAGCGUGCUUCUCUGUGCUCACUCUUCUCUCCAGCCUCUUGCCCUGCACAGGGGGUGAGCCUGCCCUGGGCAUUGCUUUGUCCUUCCCCAGCGGCAGAUCCAAAGGGAGAGAAGCAGGCACAGCACUGGGUGGAUGCUGGUGCAGGUGCUGUGCUGUGCACUGCCCCAGUUGGAGCUGGGGAUGGUGCUGCCAAGGGGCUGGCCCAUCCCAGGCUGCCUGCCCUGUGCCUGCAGCCCUGCAGCACCCGCUGCCGCAGACUGGGCAUGCUCCCCCUGAGGAUGGGGUUUGCUGUGGCUUGGACAGUUGGAGCACCCAAUAAAUGGUGGUUUUUGCUCAUGG